AUGGGUCGACCCGAGCCAUGCGUUCUCUUCUCCCAAACCUUCGUUCAUCCCCAUCUCGACGAGUACGUCGACGAGGUGAUUUUCUCAGAGCCUAUUGUUAUCACCGCGUGUGAGUUUUUGGAACAGAGUGCGUCAUCAGUUGCUCAAGCAGUGUCACUUGUUGGGGCGACUUCACCUCCAUCAUUUGCAAUAGAGGUUUUUGUUCAUUGUGAAGGAGAGACGAGGUUUAGAAGACUUUGUCAGCCCUUUCUCUAUUCACAAUCUUCAUCAAAUGUACUAGAAGUAGAGGCUGUUGUUACUAGUCAUUUAGUUGUAAGGGGCAGCUAUCGAAGUCUGAGUUUGGUUAUAUAUGGCAACACAGCAGAGGAUCUGGGUCAGUUUAACAUUGAUAUUGAUGACAAUGCGUUGACUGAUCUUGUUGAUUCUACUGAGGGGAAGCUUGAAGACCUGCCACCUGCAUUACGUUCUACUAAUUUCACAAUUUAUGAUUCACGAUCUUCUCUGAGUGUGUUGUCUAUUCCAGUUCCUGCAACAUAUAUUUCUCUUGAAGUCAAUCUUUUUCUACAGUUGAUGCUAAAAAUUUUGGAGUUUUCAGAGCUUGGGGAUGCUGGACAUAAAAUUGUAAAUACUGUAGUGUCUGCAAUUUCUUCUUACAUUUCUAGUGACAUAUGUGAAUCAAUCAGUGGGAGAUAUCAGAUGUCGAAGAGAUCUGAGAAUUUGGAAGAGUUGCAGAGUGCUGUUAAUGAGGCAAGAAAAGAGCUUCUUGAGGUUUAUAAGGUCCUUCAUAAAAAAAAUAGGAUUGAAUCUUCUGAGUGUUCAUCAGAAGGAAAUUAUCUUGAAAUGAAUGCUGAAAUGUUGGAUUCUGAAACGUUGGUGGAUAUGUUUAACCAGUACUUUCAUCUCCCAAGACACUCUUCAUGUAUAGGAGAUCACUGCCUUUCUCAGAUGGAGCAUGUCCUGUUAGGUUUGAGCAUGGCUUAUUUGCUAUGUUCUGGUAGAGAGAGUGGCUUUCAGUUUGUUAGUAAUGGGGGAAUGGAGCAGCUUGCAGUGUUUUUUUCCAAGGAUGGGCAAAACUCUACUACUAUUAUGCUACUGCUUCUUGGUGUUAUAGAGCGGGCUACUAGGUAUUCAGUUGGAUGUGAAGCUUUUUUAGGUUGGUGGCCUCGGGAUGAUAAAAGUAUUCCCUCAGGUAUCAGUGAAGGUUACAGCCAUUUGGUGAAGUUGAUAUUGUCAAAACCUCGUCACGAUAUUGCUUCUCUUGCAACCUAUUUGCUUCAUCGCCUACGAUUUUAUGAAAUUGCUUCAAGAUAUGAGUCAGCAGUUCUUUCUGUGCUAGAAAACAUCAGUACUGUUGGCAGGGUUACAGAUGUCACACUGAGUAUGCUCAGCUCAGCUGAAAUUUUGCUCAGAAAGCUCCUGAAAUUGAUAAAUUCACGUGGUCCAAUUGAAGAUCCUUCUCCCAUAGCUUGUGCAAGCAGAUCAUUGAUUAUUGGUCAAACAGAUGGAUUGUUGUCAUAUAAAACAACUUCCAGCUUGAUUAGCUCUUCAAGUUGUUGCUUUUCGGAUUGUGAUAUUGAUUCACAUUUAUUGGGGCUUUUGAAGGAAAGGGGUUUUCUUUCAUUAUCAACUGCGUUGUUAUCAUCAUCUAUACUGCGUGUGGAGAGGGGCCAGGUCAUGGAAAUAUUCAUGGAUGUCACAUCAUCUAUUGAGGCUGUGAUUCUAUCAUUUCUUUUUAGUCGUUCAGGCUUGAUAUUUCUCUUGCAGGAUCCUGAACUCUCUAGUACAUUAAUCCAAGCUCUUAGGGGUGGUCAUCGAGGCAACAAGGAAAAUUGUAUUCCUCUUCGAUAUGCUUCCAUUUUGAUUUCAAAGGGUUUCUUUUGUAGUCCACUGGAGAUAGGAAUGAUAAUUGAGAUGCAUUUAAAAAUGGCUAGUGCCACUGACAGUUUACUUUCGGUGAAUCCGCAAUCGGAAGAGUUCUUAUGGGUUGUCUGGGAACUCUCUACGCUUUCACGAACUGAUUGUGGGCGCCAGGCAUUGUUAGCUUUGGGAAAUUUUCCUGAGGCUGUUACCAUCUUAAUUGAAGCACUAAGUUCCAUCAAGGAAUCUGAAUCUGUUGGGAAAAACAGUGGAUCUUCAGCAGUAAAUCUUACAAUAUUUCACUCAGCUGCUGAGAUCAUUGAAGCCAUUGUUACAGAUUCCACAUCUUCAUCUUUGGGUUCAUGGAUUGGACAUGCCUUGGAACUUCAUAGGGCUUUGCAUUUCUCGUCUCCGGGGUCCAACCGCAAAGAUGCUCCAUCACGGUUGUUGGAAUGGAUAGAUGCUGGCGUAGUAUACCACAAACAUGGGGGAAUUGGUCUCCUUCGUUAUGCUGCUGUUUUGGCUUCUGGAGGAGAUGCACAGUUAACAUCAACUAGCAUCCUAGUUUCAGAUCUCACAGAUGUUGAAAAUGUUGUUGGAGAGUCUUCUAGUGGCUCUGAUAUUAAUGUUAUGGAGAAUCUUGGAAAGUUUAUAUCUGAAAAGUCUUUUGAUGGUGUCAUUCUUCGUGAUUCUUCUCUGGCACAGCUGACAACAGCAUUAAGGAUUUUAUCUUUUAUUUCUGAGAAUCCAACUGUUGCUGCGACUCUCUAUGAUGAAGGUGCUGUAAUAGUUAUUUAUGCCAUUUUGGUCAACUGCAGAUUCAUGCUUGAGAGGUCCUCUAACAAUUAUGACUACCUUGUAGAUGAGGGUACAGAAUGCAAUACUACUUCAGAUUUACUACUGGAACGUAAUCGUGAGCUGAACAUAGUUGAUCUUUUGGUUCCUUCGCUGGUGCUACUUAUUACAUUGCUACAAAAAUUACAGGACAUCUUAGCUCUUUUCUCAUGCCUCGGCCUUGACAUAUAUGUGUGGGCCAAUGUUCAGAUUGGGUCCAGUAGAUCGACAUUGGUUCUUAAAUUAGCGACAUCACUGGAAUUCGAUUUCAGGCAUCUUGCUCCAGUCUAUAUUGAAUUCUGUCUUGAAGAAUGGGUGAUUAAAAGCAGAAUGCUACCUCCUCACUAUGACACUGGCCCCAAGCUAGCUGCAUGCGCAGCUGACUUAUCAUCUCCAUAUCCUGAUUAUGCUAUUGGUUAUGGAGCUGUCUGUCAUCUUAUUGCAUCAGCACUUGCUUUCUGGCCAGUGCAUGGAUGGACUCCAGGUCUUUUUAACACCCUUCUUGCCAGCGUUCAGAGUUCUUCACUGUUGACUCUAGGUCCAAAAGAAACUUGCAGUUUACUCUAUCUUUUGAGUGAUUUAUUUCCUGAGGAAGAUAUAUGGCUUUGGACUAGUGGAAUGCCCUUGUUAACUGCGCGAAGAAUGUUGGCUAUUGGAACCAUAUUAGGGCCUCAGAAGGAGAGACAUGUUAACUGGUAUUUGGAAUCUGGACACCUAGAGAAACUGGUUGGCCAACUCGCACCACAUCUUGACAAAAUUGCUGAGAUUAUACAACAUUAUGCAAUUUCUGCACUAGGGGUCAUUCAAGAUCUGCUGCGUGUUUUUGUAAUUCGAAUCUCUUGCCAAAAUCCGAAAUAUGCAUCCAUGCUUAUAAAACCAGUAUUGUCGUCAAUUAUUCAUCAUGUUUCAGAAUCAUCAUUGCCAUCAGAUACUGAUGCAUACAAGGUUUGGAGGCUUCUUGAUUUUCUUGUAAGCCUGUUGGAGCAUCCACUUGGAAAGGUCCUAUUGUUGAGGGAAGGUUCUCUUCAAAUGCUAACAAAACUACUGGAUAGAUGUUUUGUUAUUAUUGAUGUUAAUGGAAAGCAGACUCCUGAUAAAAGUUCUGCAAAAUGCACCUUUAAUAUUUUUAGUUGGUGUCUCCCAAUAUUCAAGUUUAUCACACUCCUUUUUCAUUCUGAAACUUCUCAGUAUUACCCCAGAAGACAUGACUUUAAAAAUUUUGAAAAAUUGAGUAAUGAAGAUUGUGCCCUGAUUUUACGAAAUAUUUUGAGGAGUUGUCAGGUCCUGCCUGUCGGAAAAGAGUUACUGGCUUGUCUUACAGCUUUCAAAGAAUUAGCUUCUUGUGGUGAAGGUCGAAUUGCAUUUGUAGCUACUAAUUUGGAAAUCCACUCUCAUGCUUACGAGCUUGAGCCUCUUAAAGGUGAAAGGAAUGUAAAUUAUAGUGUCUCUAGUGUAGCUGAAUGGAGAAAAUGCCCCCCUUUACUUAGCUGUUGGAUGAAGUUGUUGAGAUCUAUUGACGAGACAAAGGAGGGUUUGUCAACUUAUGCAAUUGAGGCUGUCUAUGCAUUAUGUGUUGGGUCCAUACUGUUUUGCAUAAACGAAGACAGUUUGGAUUCUGACAGAGUUGUCGCGUUGAAGUACCUCUUUGGUAUCUCUGAUGAUAUGACAAGAUCAGUUGGCUUUCCUGAGGAAAAUAUAAAUUACAUACUAGAAUUUAGUGCCCUGUUAAGUUCCAAAGCUGCUAUGGAUGACUGUUUGGUUUCCGAGUCUGUUAAGUCAUUGUCGUUAGUAUUGGAAAGACCUGCUGGUUCCUUGAAGUUUGAGGAUGCUGUUUUACCUCAAUAUGAAGCUCUAGUUUUUAAUACACAUCAGUUGCUUGAAAACAGCGUUGAAAAGAUUGAUGAUCAUCUUUAUAUUGGAGGACUUGGGGACAAAUUUCUUUGGGAAUGUCCAGAAAUAUUACCAGAUAGAUUAACGCAGACAAAUCUGGCUGCCAAGAGGAAGCUUCCAUCAAUGGAUGGUUCAGUCACUAGGCGAGCUAGAGGAGAAAGUUUUCAGGGUGAUAUCUCUUCUCAUAAUGCUUUUUCACGGGGUGCAGCACAGUCUACUGUUUCCUCUGGUCCUACACGGAGGGAUGCCUUCCGACAGCGCAAGCCAAAUACUAGCAGACCACCGUCUAUGCAUGUGGAUGAUUAUGUUGCAAGAGAGAGAAAUGUUGAAGGGGUUACUAAUGUAAUAUCUGUUCCUCGGGCAGGAUCUACUGGUGGGAGACCUCCAUCCAUUCAUGUAGAUGAAUUUAUGGCAAGACAGAGGGAACGGCAGAACCCUUCAGCAACAGUCGUGGGAGAGGCUGUGGGACACCUAAAAAAUGCUUCUCCUGUGAAACCUGCAGAUGCGGAGAAGUCAAACAAAUCUAAGCAAUUGAAAACAGAUCUUGAUGAUGAUCUUCAAGGAAUUGAUAUAGUGUUUGAUGGAGAGGAGUCUGACCCUGAUGACAAGUUGCUAUUCCCUCAUCUGGAUGAUAACUUACAGCAGCCUGCCCCAGUUAUUGUUGAGCAAAGUUCUCCUCACUCAAUUGUUGAAGAGACAGAAAGUGAUGUUGUUGAUAGUAGUCAAUUUUCACAAAUGGGUACUCCAUUACGAUCUAACAUCGAUGAAAAUGCCCAAAGUGAAUUUUCUUCAAAGAUGUCUGGUUCACGGCCUGAUGUGUCAUUAACUCGGGAAUCAAGUGUUUCUUCGGACAGGAAGUAUGUUGAGCAGGUUGAUGACUUGAAAAAUGUUCAAGUUAAGCCCUCUGGUAGAUAUGAUUCUGCAGCAUCAAAUACUUCAUUUCCUAUGUCCCUUUACAAUAACCCAUCCACGGCUAUGCAAUUCCCAGCUGAUUCACGGAUGGUUUCCCAAAAUUACUUGUUAAAGAACAGUCCUCAACAUGGUGGUAUUGUUACUGGUUCUCAAGGACUCUAUGACCAAAGAUUUUUGCCCAACCAACCUCCUUUACCACCCAUGCCACCACCACCAACCAUCUCACCUAUAAUGUCUCACGCAUUAGAUUCAGUUCCUAGUCAGUCAUCUUCAUUUGUCAAUUCUCAAGCAGGCACACAGCGUCCAGUGGCAUUCCAAGUUCAAUCGGACUAUCCAUCUCCUUUCAUCAAUGUUUCAACAGCAGCAGCAUUAGCAUCUUCUGUUCCCAUGCCAGAUUCAAAAUACUCCAGGUCAUCUGUGUCCUCCCCUGGUGGACCUAAUAGAGUUGCUCCUCCCCUUCCUCCGACACCACCUCCUUUUGCAUCUAGUCAGUAUAAUUUACCAUCUGUUAAAACUUCUACCUCCCAACCUUCUAUAUAUAAUCAGACAAGUAUGGGGACCACCGAACUUUCCCAGGCCUCCAUUGCAUCCUCAGGAGCAAGAUUGUCAUCAUACCCAACACCCCCCAUGGGGUUUAGCAGGCCAGCUUCCAUGCCAUUGACUAUGUUUGGAAACACGCCAAAUCAGCAACAGGCUGACAAUCAGCCAAGCAUCUUACAAAAUGUCUCUCUUCCUCCAGCUUCCUUUCAGUCAAUGCAUUCAGUUACUCAGUUGCAGCCCUUGCAGCCACCCCAGCUUACACGUCCUCCACAACCACCUCAGCUCCUUAGGCCGCCUGUUCAAGGUUUACAGCAGUUGGAGCAAGGGCUGGCAGUGCAAAGCAAUGUUCAAGUGCAUCAAUUACAGAUGCUGCAACAGUCUCAGAUUCCUUCGAUGCAGACAUAUUACCAAGCCCAGCAGCAACAGUUUUCACAUGAGCAGCUGCAGCCACAAGUCGAGUAUACUCAACAGCCAGGGGAUGGUCAAUCACAGCAGCAACCAGAUGCAGGAAUGUCAUUACAUGAGUAUUUUAAGUCUCCAGAGGCAAUUCAGUCUUUAUUGAGAGAUCGGGACAAACUUUGCCAACUUUUGGAGCAACAUCCAAAAUUAAUGCAGAUGCUUCAGGAAAGAUUGGGCCAACUGUAG